AUGAAGGUUGUUGAAGUUCUUCACAUGAAUGGAGGAAAUGGAGACAUUAGCUAUGCAAAUAAUUCCUUGGUUCAGAAAAAGGUGAUUCUCAUGACAAAGCCAAUAAGAGAUCAAGCCAUAAGUGAUCUCUAUUGUAACCUAUUCCCAGAAACAUUAUACAUUGCUGAUUUGGGUUGUUCUUCUGGAGCGAACACUUUUUUAGUGGUAUCAGAACUUGUUAAGGUCAUUGAAAAAGAACGAAAAAAACACGAUCUACAAUCACCAGAGUUUUAUUUUCACUUCAAUGAUCUCCCUGGAAAUGAUUUUAACGCGAUUUUUCGAUCGUUAGGGGAAUUUGAACAAAAUUUGAAAAAACAAAUUGGAGAAGAACUUGGUCCAUGUUUUUUUAGUGGUGUGGCUGGUUCAUUUUAUUCUAGACUUUUUCCAUCAAAAAGUUUGCAUUUUGUUCACUCAUCUUAUAGUCUUAUGUGGCUAUCUCAAGUUCCUAAUUUAAUUGAAAAGAACAAGGGGAAUAUUUACAUGGCAAGUACAAGUCCACCAAGUGUUAUAAAAGCAUAUUACAAGCAAUAUGAAAAAGAUUUUUCAAUUUUUUUGAAAUAUCGUUCGGAAGAAUUGAUGAAAGGUGGAAAAAUGGUAUUAACAUUUUUAGGAAGAGAAAGUGAAGAUCCUUUUAGCAAAGAAUGUUGUUAUAUUUGGGAGCUUUUAUCCAUGGCUCUUAAUGAAUUGGUUUUAGAGGGAUUGAUUGAAGAAGAGAAAGUGGAUUCAUUUAAUAUUCCUCAAUAUACACCAUCACAAGGAGAAGUGAAAUAUGUAGUUGAUAAAGAAGGUUCAUUCACUAUAAAUAAAUUGGAAACUACAAGAGUUCAUUGGAAUAAUGCUUCUAAUAAUAUUGAAAAUAUUAAUAAUGAUGGUUACAAUGUGUCAAAGUGCAUGAGAGCUGUGGCUGAGCCUUUGCUUCUGAGCCAAUUUGAUCCAAAAUUGAUUGAUUUAGUCUUCCAAAAGUAUGAAGAGAUUGUCUCCAAGUGUAUGGCUAAAGAGGAUACUGAGUUUAUAAAUGUUACUGUCUCCUUGACCAAGAAAAAAUAA